AUGAUUGUCCGAACAGAUCCGUUUCCGUACUUCUGGGCCUGCUCGGUGCUGGGUCUCCUCUACGGCCUCGUCAAACUAUUGCGCUUCGGCCAUCGCGAGAAGCAUCUUCCCCCAGGCCCACCGACAUUGCCAAUCCUUGGAAAUGCGCACCUCACCGUCGACCCAAAGAUUUUCAAGAAAUUCAAGAAAUGGAGCGCAGAAUACGGCGACGUCUUUUCGCUCAAGGUCGGAAAAAGCACAAUGGUCGUGUUGAACAGUAAACGUUCCGUCUACGAGCUCGUCGAUCAACGGAGCGCCCUGUACUCAGCAAGGCCAAUAGACAAACGGUUCCGCCAUGCGAUGAGGGAGAACUUUGCCUUUAUGGACCCGACUCCGAUUUGGAGAAUGCAGCGGAAAAUCGCGGUCCGCUAUUUGGCGCCGGAGAAACUGGAUGGCGAUUUGGACAAGGUUUCAAAUGCAGAAAUCACUACAUUACUUAACGAUCUACUUGAUAGUCCCGAGGACUUCAUAAAGCAUAUCGAGCGAUCGACUGCUUCGUUCACCGCGAUUGUGCUGUAUGGACAGCGUGCCAAGUCCAACGAUGACUUUUGGGCGAGAGGCGUCUACGAAGCUAUGGAGGCAAUUAUGCGCGCCAUAAGCCCUGGCUCCUACCUGCCCGCCGAGCAAUUCCCCAUCUUCAAACUGAUUCCAAAGCGAUUUGACCCUUCCUUUGCCCGCGCAGAAGAGGGCUACGCUAUCCCUACAAGGAUAUGGACCGAGGCCCAACGGCGCGUCGAACUGCGCCGCAGCCACGGCGACAAGCGCGAAUCGCUCAUUGACGACCUGCUCAGCGCCGAGAAGGAACUAGAUCCCGCGUUCCAGGGCACAAUGCUCGCAAAUUAUCUUGGUGCGGUGAUGCAGGCUGCUGCCGAGACGAGUGCCUUGUCCACAAAGACAAACAUUAUGUUUUUGGCCACGCAUCCGGAGGUGCAGGAUAAGGCGCAGGCAGAAAUCGACGCCGUUUGUGGUGUGGAGAGGCUUCCUUGUUUUUCGGACUUCAAGGAUAUGCCGUAUAUUAAUUGUGUUGUCAAGGAGAGCCAGCGCAUUCGCCCAGUCGUUCCCACUGGCAUCCCUCACCGCUGCACACAAGAUAACUGGUACAACGGCAUGCUUAUCCCCAAAGAUGCAACCAUCAUAAUCCCCCACUGGGCCAUCCACCACUCAAAAUACGAAGACGCAGAAACCUACAACCCAGACCGCUACCUCAACCACCCCCACCUCGCCUGGGACUACGCCGGAACAAAAGACUUUGAAAACCGCGACCACUACAACUACGGCGCCGGCCGCCGCAUCUGCGCUGGCAUCCAGCUUGCCGAGCGGACGCAGUGGCGCCAGGUUGCACGCAUUCUGUGGGCGUUCCGACUCGAGCAUGCGGUUGAUGAGAAGACGGGAGAGAAGAUUCCUAUCGAUCUGGAUGCGUAUGAGGAUAAGAUGGUUUGUGGACCGGAGCCGUUCAAGGUUAAGUUUACGCCGAGGAGUCAGGCGCAUGUGGAUUUGAUUAGGAAGGAAGUGGGGGAUGUGAGGGAGAUUUUGAGGGCGUGGGAGUGA